AAUUUUUUAGUGUCUUCGCUCUUGUGCCAUAACUACAUUGCUGUGGGCUACCAGUUAGUGCUGCAUAAGUAUCCUUAUCCUUCCCUCUAGACUUGCUUGCAUCCUCUCUCUUGACAUAUAGACAUACCUGAUACCUCCUAAACACUAAUUCACUUCGGAGUCUUGACACUAGAACAAUGACACGCGUUAUCAACACAGUUCAUUGCGACACUGAUGCGGCAUCCUCCUCUUUGACUGACUCCGCCUUGAAAGGCGUUCGCAGUGUGGUUGCAGCACCCGAGAACGAGAUGAAGCGAUGGAGAAGGAUAUUUGAAACCAAUGCAAAGGUCGUGAUCGACGGGGAGAGAUAUCUUGACCCCGACAACUUUGUCAAUGCUAUCGCUCCGAAAAGCGACUCGACUAAAAUAGGUCGUGCACAAUUCGCGAUCCUUUUUCGUGUAGCCGACUCUUCGAAGCGGGGUUUGGUUUCUUGGGACGAUUUCACAGUGUUUGAGACACUUCUUAAACGUCCCGACGCAGACUAUUGGAUAGCCUUUCAGUAUUUUGACGUGGACAGCUCGGGUACCAUAACUUUUGAUGAGUUCAAAAAUGUGUUCUUGGCCAACGUUGGGCCAUCUGCCAUUCCUUUUGACUUUGAUUGUGAUUGGGUUAAGUUAUAUCUUGGGCGAAAAAAUGGCACACACGUUCUUGGAUACAAUGAAUUUACUCAGCUGAUGAAGGGCCUCCAGGGAGAGCGUCUUCGACAGGCCUUUAAGUAUCUCGACAAGGAUCAAGAUGGAUUUAUUAGACCUGAGGAAUUCAAACAAAUUAUUUUGGAGAUUGCAGGGCAUAAACUAUCUGAUGCAGUCAUUGAACGUCUACCUACGUUAUGCACGCUCACUCCUAGUGGGCGGAUAUCUUAUUCUGAGGUUGUUGCAUUUCAAAAUGUUAUUCGAGAGAUGGACAUGGUGGAGCGUAUUUUACGCGAGGCCACCGCCAAGUCAAAGGAUGGACGCAUUGACCAGUCUGACUUCCUUAAUCACUCUGCUGCGAUCUCGCGUUACGCUCUUUUCACGCCCAUGGAGGCGUCUAUCAUUUUCCAUUUUGCGGGUCGGGGUAGCCGCGAGAAGAGGCUUGCUCUAUUGGACUUUGCUCAACUCUUGGAUCCCCAGUGGAGAGCUCCUCACGAGGUUCUUGAAGCCAAUGAAGUCAGACCGAAGGCAUCAUUGCUUCAAGGGGUACUGAAGUCUGCCUACGGUUUUGUUCAAGGAGGAAUUGCGGGGGCUUUCGGUGCCACUAUUGUCUACCCUAUUGAUAUGGGUAAGAUGCAAAAUCAGCGGAGUACAGUGGUCGGUCAGAUGCUGUACAAGAAUAGCGUCGACUGUGCUCAGAAAAUAUUCCGCAACGAAGGUCUCAUGGGUUUCUACCGUGGCCUUGGUCCACAGUUGAUUGGCGUUGCUCCAGAAAAAGCUAUCAAGCUUACCGUCAAUGACCUCGUCCGUGGUCGAGCCAUGGAUCCAGAGACAGGACGCAUCAAACUUGGUUGGGAGCUGAUAGCCGGUGGAACGGCUGGUGGUUGUCAAGUAAUCUUCACCAAUCCCCUGGAAAUUGUUAAGAUACGUCUCCAAAUACAAGGAGAAGCUGCAAAGUUAGAAGGAGCAGUUAGAACCGGUGCUGCCAACAUUGUACGCCAAUUGGGUGUGGUUGGUUUAUACAAGGGGGCCAGUGCCUGCUUGCUUCGCGAUAUCCCAUUCUCGGCCAUCUAUUUCACAGCAUAUUCCCACCUUAAAAAGGAUGUCUUCCAUGAAGGCUACAACGGAAAGCAGUUGUCAUUCCUGGAAACGUUGGGUGCAGCGGGCAUUGCUGGCAUGCCAGCAGCCUAUCUAACAACUCCUGCUGAUGUGGUGAAGACUCGUCUGCAGGUCGAAGCGCGACAAGGUCAGACCCACUACAAAGGUCUUACAGAUGCAUUUGUCAAGAUCAAUAAGGAAGAAGGUUUCAAGGCAUUGUUUAAGGGAGGACCGGCACGUAUCCUCAGAAGUAGCCCACAGUUUGGCUUUACCCUGCUUGCAUAUGAAUACUUGCAAAAGCUCCUUCCUGUUAGUCCAUCCGUUUGGUACAUGCAUUUGAUACUUAAUCAUUUUCAACAGUACCCAUGGCAGGAGAACAAACCCGAAAUCAAGACUGCUUUGACAACACCGAAGCGGGAUGAGAUGUCUCGAAUCCGUGCGCGGAACGCCCUCAAAAUACUACUAGACGUUCAUGGUGAUUUUGGGAGACGUGCGGCCAAUUUCUCUCAUCCCCUCGUGAAGCAGGCACACCCAACAACCUCACCAUCGAAAACAGCAUGAUGCACUAUUUAAUCCUCAUCUAUUGAACUUUGUUUAGACGGAACAGUGCAGGAAGAUAGUUCCCCGUUCUGGUUUGCUUCGAUCUGUCGAUACUGCUACCGACAGCGCGCACCUUUGCUACUACAUAGAUUCAAUUGCUCCUCCUAACCAUUGCAGUAUACCGUAGUUGGCACGAUUGGGUUAUUUAAGCUUGUUAUACAUACCGCAUGCCGAACUCCGAUCCAUAGAGACAAUGAUAGACGUUCUGGGAUGCUCACCAUUAU